AUGAUACAGUCAACAAGAUGUUGUCCCCCAGACCUGGGAACAGCCAAAGAUUCCAUCCCUGCCUCACUAAGAGGUGUUUAUGAUGGUCUAUUGGAUGCAUUUGUAAAAAUUUUGCAAGAAGGGGGGCCAGGGGAGCUGUACAGAGGUCUCACCCCAAGUCUUAUUGGGGUAAUCCCAUAUUCUGCCACGAAUUACUUUGCCUAUGAUACAUUACGAAAAGCAUACCGGAAAAUCUUCAAGCAGGAGAAGAUUGGCAACAUUGAAACCCUUUUGAUUGGAUCUGCUGCUGGCGCUAUAUCAAGUAGUGCUACUUUCCCGCUAGAAGUAGCUCGCAAGCACAUGCAAGUAGGAGCUCUCAGUGGGAGACAGGUGUACAAGAAUGUGCUCCAUGCACUCUCUAGCAUACUUGAACAAGAAGGGGUCCAGGGUUUGUACAAGGGCCUUGGUCCUAGCUGCAUGAAGUUGGUGCCGGCAGCUGGGAUUUCGUUCAUGUGUUAUGAAGCUUGCAAGAGGAUACUGGUAGAAAAUGAAGAGGAUGCAUAG